AUGUUGCGUUCCCUUGCGUUUGCUGCUGCUGCAGCGUACCUGACCAUCUCGCAACCAGAGCUCACGAUUGCUGCCGACCACCAUCACCAGGGAAUUUCAUCCCCUCCCCCUUACGGGCAUGGAGUUGCAGGUGGUGAAGGUGGUAAAUCGCAACAGCACUUUCAACCAGAACGGGUGAAAGGAGCCCUGGUUCCAAUCGCUAAAGGGUCUAUGCUAGUGUUUCUCUCAUUGCUGUCUAUGGGGUUGAUACGGCUGCUGGGGGGUGUUAAUCGUCUUUCGUCCUUCCUCACUAGCUCCAAAGGAAGUAAAACGUCGGCCAAACGUGGAUGGGAGAGGCCUGAGGGGGUUCCGACUGGUGGCGCUUCCAGUGGAGCCGCAGGGGGGUCUUCUCACCGUCCGCGGCUUGGGGAUGGCACCAGAAGAAUUCCUGAUGGUAUCGGCAAAGGGUGUGCACCACCGCCAGAAGGCGUAAUAAUUUACCAUGCUCCCAAUCCAGCGCAUGCUCUGGGACCAGAAGAGGUGGCUGCAAAAAUCAAGCACUUUGAGCAGCUGCUUCAGUACGCUAAGGAGUGCGAGUUAUACGGAUCUGACAGUACAGACCUUUCCCUUGGGCAUCGGUUGCGUACGCUAAUCCUCUUCGACAGAGAGACCAGAUGCGCUGGAUUUAGCGCUGAUGUUCCUCUAGAACAGAUUGCGAAGUUCAAGGAGCUCUUUGCAGAGAAUGAAGCUACUAUCAGACGCCAUUUUAAGUGGGUUUACAUCUGCACAUGA